UGAGCUGUGGCCGGCCAUGCUCUGGGUGGGCUGGCCAAGGUGGCUGGCAGACCAGAGCCUGCCCCUCCUGGGGGCAGUGCUGCUGCAGAAGACAGACAAGAAGGGACUUCAGUGCAGGCGGUGGAGGCGGGAAGUGCACCCCUUUUAUGACCUCCGGGUGAAGGUGCUGCAGGCCAGAAACAUCCAGGGCACAGACCUGUUAUCCAAAGCCGACUGCUUCGUGCAGCUGAGACUGCCCACAGCGUCUCUGGACACCGUGCAGACCAGGACAGUGGACAACUGCAGCGACCCCGAGUGGAAUGAGACCUUCCACUUCCGGCUGCACAGCGCGGUGAAGAACGUCCUGGAGCUCUCCCUCUACGACAAGGACGUCCUGAUAAGCAACCAGCUCUUCCAGACGUUCUUUGACCCUGGGACCCUCAGGCCUGGGCAACCCCACAGAUAUACCUUCCGACUCCAGGACACGGACCCACAGGAGCUGCAGGUGGAAUUUGUUCUGGAGAAAAGCCAGCUGCCCGCCUCUGAGGUCAUCACCAAUGGGGUCCUGGUGGCGCAGCCCUGCCUCCGGGUCCAGGGCAGCUUGGAAGAAGAUGGCCCGCACCCAGCUCUGUCCCGGGACUAUGGAUCCAGGUAUGUUCUGGUGUCCGUGCCCGGGGCCCCUGAGGAGCCACAGCGCUUGGACCUGCGGCCUACAGUGGAGGGGGGUCUCCCCACCACAUUCUGCUUCCACAUGAACCCGGUGGUCAGCCCCGGGCUGAAGGUGGCCCUGGAGGAGAAGCUCCAGGUCCUGCAGAGUGGCCUGAGCGGGGAGCUGGAGACCCAGACCAGCAAGCUAGGCGAGGGGCGGCUCCUGCUGUCCUCUGUGCCCCUGGGCUGUGAGCAGCGGCAGACGGUGGACCUGGAGGAGGGCCAGGAGGUGACCCUGCGUAUGAAGACAGAGAUGAGCACUGGCGACCUGGAUGUGCGCCUCGGCUUUGACCUCUGCGACGGGGAGAAGCAGUUUCUGGACAAGAGGAAGUCAGUUGUGUCCACGGCCCUGCAGGGCGUGCUGGGACUGAGCCACGCUCCUGACCAUGCCCAGGUGCCUGUGGUGGCAGUCCUGGGGUCUGGAGGCGGGGCCCGUGCCAUGUCAGCCCUCUAUGGCAGCCUGGCAGGCCUGCAGGAGCUGGGCGUCCUGGAUACGGUCACCUACCUGGGUGGGGUCUCUGGGUCUACCUGGUGCAUCUCUACCCUCUACAAGGACCCAGCCUGGUCGCAGGUGGCCCUGCAGGGGUCCAUCAAGCACGCCGGAGCUCGGGUUAGCAGCAGUAAGACAGGGGCCUUGUCUACAGAGCAGCUGCAGUACUACGUCCAGGAAAUGCUGAGCCGAGAAAAGGGAGGCCAAGGCAUCUCCCUCGUUGACUUCUGGGGUCUCCUCAUUGAGUACUUCCUGCACCAGGAGGAAAACCCUGCCAAGCUGUCCGACCAACGGGAGGCCAUAAGCCAGGGCCAGAACCCGUACCCCAUCUAUGCUGGCAUCAAUGUCCACAGCAAGCGCAGCGGGGAGGAUUUUGCAGAAUGGUGUGAAUUCACCCCCCACGAGGUCGGCUUCCCCAAGUAUGGGGCUUAUGUCCCCACGGAACUCUUUGGCUCUGAGUUCUUCAUGGGCCGACUGCUGCAGCCACGGCCCGAACCCCGCAUCUGCUACCUGCAGGGGAUUUGGGGCAGCGCCUUUGCCGCCAACCUGGAGGAGAUCUUCCUGAAGCCGGGCAGCCACAUCUUCCUGGAUGGGCAGCAAAGAGGUUCCAAGGAUAGCCCAGGUGAGGGGUGCCACCCCGGAUACCACUUUACCUCCCGCCUCCCUCCAGAGGAUGAUGUGGACCCCACCCUGAGACUCAUCACCCCGGAGGCGCCCUUCUCCCAGGCUCUGCAGAAACUACUCCGGAGUCGUUUCUCCACGGACCAGAACCCCAACUUCCUCCGAGGCCUUGGCCUGCACCGCAACUAUGAGGCCAGCAGGGAGUUCCUGGCCUGGAAAAAGAAUCACCUGGAUUCCAAGCCCAACGAGCUCACGCCCACGUGGGACUGCCUGAAGCUGGUGGACGCAGGCCUGGCCAUCAACUCCCCCUUCCCGCUGUGCCUGUCCCCGCGCAGGACCGUGGACCUCAUCCUGUCCUUUGACUACUCCCUGUCCAGCCCUUUUGAGGUCUUACAGCAGACAGAGAGGUACUGCCGGGAGAGGGGCAUCCCCUUCCCACAGAUCCAGGUGCGCCCCGAGGAUUUGAAGGAGCCUCAGGAGUGCUACCUCUUCGCCGAGGCCGAGGACCCCCGCUCGCCCAUCGUGCUGCACUUCCCGCUGGUCAACAGGACCUUCCGCACACACCUGUCCCCAGGCGUGGAACGGCAGACCGCAGAGGACAGGGCCUUUGGGGAGUUCGCCUUGGACGGGCCUGGCACUCCUUAUGGCAUCAUGAACUUCACCUACGCGCCUGUGGAGUUUGAGCAGCUGGUGGCACUGAGCCGCUACAACGUCCUCAACCAGGCGGGGCGCGUGCGGCAGGCACUGGGGCUGGCGCUGCGCCGGCGGCAGGGGUUGGGAGCUGGCCUGGGGGGCUGGGAGUCUGACUUGUGGGCCUGA